UUGCUCCACAAUAAUUGCUUUAUUUGCAUGUAGAUUUUGGUCUUGAUCGGUGCAAGCUUGACCAGUACGAGAACACGUGGGACGGCGAAGCGGGCUGCGGGUGGGGCUUUUGCGCUCAGACAGACGGGGCAGUGUUGGGCAACAAGUGCAGUCGGGACGCUGGAGCAGCAACUUGCAACGCGACAUGAGUGACGACAACGCCAAAAGCAAGCACCAAAGUGCAUGCGAGUCCGAGGGUGCAUGCCUUUUGGGUUCCUUUUGUUUUGGGGACGAGCUGGAGCUGAAUCGCUUCGACGGUUUACCUUUCUCGUCGCGGUACUACAAGCUGCUAGCGGAGAGGAGGACGCUGCCUGUGUGGACGCUGCGGCGAAGGUUGGAAGACGCGCUCGUUCACGCCCAAAUUGUGCUCGUGUGCGCGCACGCCGACGCUGGCAGGAGCACGCAGAUCCCUCAGUGGUGCGCAGAGUUGUGCCUGUCGGCCGGCUACCGCUACGGCACCGUGGUGUGCACGCAGCACGCGGAGCAGCGGGUGGUGGACUUGGCCUUACGCGUGGCCGACGAAAUGGACGUAGCCGUGGGCCACGAAGUGGGCUACCGAAUCGGCCGGGAGACGUGCUGCUGCUCCGACACUGUUCUCAGGUCGGCACCGCUUUUAUCCGUCUUUGGUGUUAUUGCAAAAACAGGUUCAUGCUAUUUAAGUAGAACCUUUGAGAAAAUCUGUGUUCUCAGGUACUGCACCGAUGACAUCUUGCUCAGAGAGAUGAUGUCCGACCCUUUUCUGGAGCAUUACGGCGUGAUUGUCAUUGACCAGGCCCACCAGAGGACGGUGAGCACUGACCUCCUGCUGGGCCUCCUGAAGGACGUCGUGGCGCAAAGGCCCGAACUGCGGGUGGUGGUCCUCGCCGCACCGCCGCUGACGGACAGCCUCCGCAAUCACUUCCGCAGAGCCCCGACCCUCAGCUUGGAGUCACCUUUGUCGGGUCAGCCCAAUGUGGUGUGGAGUGGGGGUGGAAAAGACUACUUCUACUCUGCUCUGAGGCUGGUUCUGGAGAUCCACCGCACCAGGGAGGAUGGCGACGUCGUGGUGUUCUUGGCAUCGGAGGAAGAGGUGAACUGCGCCCACGACAUCCUGCAGAAAGAAGGGAGCAGACUUGGAGCACACCUCGGUCAAAUGUUGCCCACGGUCCUGGGUCCCGGCCGGGGAGGACUCGGGCCUCCUCCAGAUGAGCGAGGACCAGGCGGAAAACCCAGGAGAGUUUUCCUCGCCACUCGUCACGCAGAGGAUGCGUGGUGGCCCAUGGACUCUGUCAACUUUGUCGUCGACUGCGGAGUCCAGAAGAAAAUGGUGUACAAUCCCAGAAUAAGGGCCAACUCUGAGGUGCUGCAGUCCAUCAGCCGUUGCCAGGCAGAACUACGCAGGAGGUUGUGUGGACCAGCAGGUAAAUGUUUCUGUUUAUACGCAGAGGACAACCAACUUCCUACACGGAGAUCCCCGCAGAUCCUGGAGUCCAACAUUACGGCCACCGUUCUCUUCCUGAAGAGGAUGGAGAUCGGCGGUUUGGCCCAGUGCGAGUUCAUCGACCGACCCGAUCCCGAGAGUCUCAUGCAGGCCCUGGAGGAGUUGGACUACCUCGCGGCUCUGGACGACGACGGCAACCUCUCUGAGAUUGGCAUCAUCAUGUCUGAAAUCCCCCUGGAGCCUCAGCUGGCCAAAGCUUUGUUGGCGUCCUGCGAGUUCGACUGCGUCAGCGAGAUGCUGACUGUAGCGGCCAUGCUUUCAGCUCCCAACUGCUUCCUGGAACCUCCGCCCGGAAUGAGCCACGAGGCCUCACAGUGCCACAGGAAAUUCCGGCACCACAAAGGCGACCACCUCUCCCUCAUUAAUGUCUUCAAUACCUUCAAGAGAAGCCAGAAGGAUCCGUAUAUCCGUGAAGAACAAUGGUGCCGAGACAACUUCCUGGACUAUUCGGCUCUCCGGACGGCAGAGAGCAUCAGGGCGGAGCUGACCAACACGCUAAACCGGAUCGAGCUGCCCGUCUCGGAACCGGCAUUCGGCAGCAGGGAAAACGCAGCCAACUUGAAGCGAGCCCUGCUCGCGGGAUUCUUCAUGCAGGUGGCUCGAGAUGUGGACGGCUCGGGGAAUUACCUGAUCCUCGCGCACAAGCACGUGGCCCAGGUGCACCCGCGAUCUGGUUACGGGCCGUACCUCAAUAAGCUGGGGCUGCCCGAGUGGGUGCUGUUCCACGAGUACACGCUGGCACAAAACAACUGCAUGAGGAUCGUCACAGAGAUUUCACCACAAGUCUUCACUCAAACGGCUCCGCUCUACUACUUCUACAACCUGCCUCACAGCGAGAGCAAAGACAUCCUGCAGCACAUGUUAGAGCCACGCGCUACCCGCGAGAACGACAAACACAAAGCCGGCAACCUUACUGACAACAGCAGCAGCAGCAGCAGCAGCAACGUGCAGUCGACUGAUCGCUGUGUCAUCCAGUGAAGCGCAAUUGUUGGUAGAAGGGCGGAGUGAAGACUUUUGAAGAAUAGAAGCU